ACGUGUCCGCAGAAUAACAUUUCAAAGAACAUAUAUCCGUGAUUCAUCAUAUAAGACCAACCAGGUGGGUAAGAGAUUAGAAUUGCAUUCCAACUUCAAAAGCCCCAAAUCCCCUUAAAAUUUUGGCAGUCUGUGUGAUCUAAGAACCAGAAACCAUCCUCACUAACCCAUUUUGUGUUGUGGAAUAAGCAUGUGUGAGAGACCUGUCCGUCGUAUCCCUCAUGAAUUCAUCCCUCGCAUUAUAAAACCUCGCCGUGUCACGGCCUCUGAGCUGUGGCCUAACUUACUGCGUGAUCCUAUCAUUCAUAACUUCAUCCCUACUCAUAUAACUACACCCACAAGUGCCUCUCUUUUUGCCUCCAAGCCUCACUCAUUCGAUUCACUCACCAGAGAGUGUCCAUGUACCCUUCAAAACGACAUGUCGUCGUCUAUUCGCUUCGUUAAGCAGACUCGGACCGCAUCCGAUUCUCAUUGUAGAAACUGGAACCAAGUCCACCCAGAGUUCAAUAUGGGUUACAGGGUUCAAGUUCAGCAAGAAUGCAGAUUACCCGGAAGAACAAACAAUAAGAGAGAGAUCCAAUGGCACAACAACUCAGAAAAUAGAUUAGCAGGCAAAAGGAAGAUGUAUGAUCUUGAUGAUAAUUUAGAAUGUUCUUCGUGGCCCUUAUUGACAGAAACUUUGGACGAGGAAGACAGUGAUGAGACCUCAGAUUCAAGUUCAGAUUCUGAAACAUACUCUGGCCCCUCAUGAUCUCAAUUGUUGACAAACAUUGGAUUAAUUAUCGUAUAAUUAUAUAGAAUAAAUUUUUGUGAUUUAUUAAAUAUAUAAAAAUGAUGAAGCAUACUAAUUUCAUCAUUAAUUACACUCAGUUAAUAGAGUUGUAAUUCGGGUUUUUGAUUAUGGGAUGAGGUUGAUGAGUUUGGGUUACUCAUGUAGUAUCUUUGAGAAGUUACCACUCAUAUUAGUAGAAGCUUUCUCUUACAGUCUUA